AUGGAUCCCCUUGCAGUAAUUUACAAUGAAAAUCAAUGGAGGGUAAAUAAGGUGUCGCCUCUUUUCAAUUUACAAUACAAAGAAGUUAAACUUAAGCAAUACGCUUCAAGUAUAAAACAAGCUCUUACUAGCGCUGUAGCGACAGAGGCUACUUCUAGGUUUUUGGUUAACAUUGAAGGAUUACCUCUCCUAAAAUAUAGUAACGAUGACGCUCCCAGUAUUAUGAUAACAGUCACGUCCACUCAAGAGCAUAAAAAAAAGACUGCAUAUAAUGCAAUCAUUCUGUCAUGGGGAAAAAGUAUAACAUUAGAAUGUGCUAUUCACUUACCAUAUAUGUUAGAAAGAGGCGAACAGAAAGUGGGACAUAUUGUAAAAACUGCUUUACAAAAUAUAUUUGACUGUAACAUUAAGGACUAUAAUUUUACACAGUUUCAGCUUUUACAACUGGGCUUUAACUUCCUCGAAAAUGACUCAUCUAGGAGUACAGAUCCUUUUACAUUGGUUUAUAAAACCCCUCAAGUUGAUUUCAAAGAUAAAUUAACAAUGGCAUUUGAAAUUGGUGACAUUCAAGGAAUUUGGACCAGUUUGAAAGAUGAAACCAGUAAUGAAACAGACUUGGUGACUAUGGCAUAUCAGACAUUGCAAAACCAAUUAUUUCAUAUGCUAACAAUGGAUGUGUCUGUACUUGAUAUUUGUGAAGUAAUACUACCUAAAGCUGAGGUUAAGUUCAACGGUAUUGUUAAGAUGAAGACCCCAGAAUUAGUGAAUUCUUUGUUUACUGUGUUAAAUAAAAUUACAGAUCUAUGUGUAUUCUAA